CUGUCAAAGACCGAUUCUCUGGCUGCACCGUGGAAGACAUGGAAAAGACAGUGGGAUAAUUAUUCGAUCGCAACCGGCUUAAAUGAAAGGCCGGAAAAUGUUCAAGUGGCGACUCUACUGACCUGUUUGGGGCCUGAAGCCUUGAACGUACUGGACGGAUUGUGUCCAAAUGAAGAAGAUCAAAAGAAACUAGCGACUGUUCUUGAGAAGUUCGAAGAGUUCUGCGGGGGAUCUAAAAACGAGACAUUUGAAAGAUACAAAUUUAACUCAAGAAACCAAGAAAACGAAGAGCCCGUUGAGUUGUAUCUAGCCGAAUUGAGAAAACUGGCCAAAUCCUGCAACUACAGGGAUCUAGAAGACAGUCUUAUAAGAGACAGAAUCGUUUUGGGAGUCCCUGACGUGUCUGUACGUAAGCGUCUCCUACAGGAGCCAGAUUUGACUCUAGCCAAGGCUAUUUCAGUUGUCAAGGCACACGAGGCGACACAAAAACAGAUGAAGGACUUCGCCGGAGACACCAACGCCGAGGUUCACGCACUACAAAGGCGUCCCCCGGUACAACGCAGUUUUGCUGCGGCUAACAGACAUGAAACGCCAAGGCCCCGCGAGUGCAAAUUCUGUGGGAGAAUGCACCCAUUCAAAAAGGAGAGCUGCCCUGCAUGGGGAAAAGCCUGUCAAGCAUGUGGCCGACGGAACCACUUUGCAACGAAAUGCCGGUACGCAGAAGUGCGUCUACUUGAGCCGGAUGCAGUCCAGGACGACUGUGUAGAAGACGGCGCGAGUCAGCACCAAACGGAGAACACUCUGACUCUGGAGAUCGGUGCUCUGUCAUCGCGAGACGCAGGCAAGCUGUUCGCAAACUUGCUGCUCGGAAGUGACCACUUACAGCGGUUCCAGCUGGAUACGGGUGCGUCUGCCAACAUAAUACCGCAGCACGUCUACAAAAAAGCUUGUGUGGACAGCAACAUGAAAAAGCUUAAGCGGUGUGAUAUAUCGCUCGUCAUGUUCAACAAAAGCACAACCAAAGUCGUUGGCAAAGCCGAGAUAGACGUUCUGAACCCGAAGAAUGGGUCAAGAUAUGUGGUGGAAUUUUUGGUGGUACGCGAAGACUUCACCCCACUGAUUGGGCUGAAAACACUGCAGACAAUGGAGUUGAUCGAAGUAAGGUCGGAGAACAUCGACUACGUGAAUGAUUUAGAUGUAAAUGAGAGCAAAGAGACUGGCUUCUACAAAAAUGAAGCAAGAGGAAACAGGGCUGGUGAGAACAGCAGAGCUGCAAAAGCAGACCUGAAGGUACACAAGCAAGCGCUACCGGAAAGAAGCACAAACAAAGAAGCAGAGAAAAAAGACUUCUCAACAAAUGAUUUACAUGCGCAGUACCGGGAUAUCUUCACUGGGGUCGGAAAGCUACCCGGAAAGCUUCAUAUCCAAACUGAUGAGUCAGUGAGACCAGUACAACUAGCUGCAAGAUCGGUUCCAGAAGCAAUGAAGCAGGACAUCAAGGACGAGCUGGACCGUUUGGUAAAAGACGGCAUCAUUUCGACGGUGUCAGAACCGACUGACUGGGUCUCCGCCAUGGUAGCCGUAAGCAAGCCCACAAAAGGAAUUCGGAUCUGUAUCGAUCCACAGCCAUUAAACACGGCCAUCAAACGAAACCACUAUCCGCUGCCCACGAUAGAAGACUUGACUCCCGCACUAGCAAACGCUAAAGUGUUCACAGUCUGCGACGCCAAAAGUGGGUACUGGCAUGUCGAGCUGGACACGGCCAGUAGCUACCUCACGACGUUCGCUACACCGUGGGGUAGGUAUCGCUGGCGACGCAUGCCGUUUGGCCUGUGUCUAGCGUCCGAAGAAUUCCAGCGAAGACUCCAUCAAGCUCUCGAAGGCUUGGAAGGCGUGAUGGCAAUAGCAGACGACAUACUCGUCUACGGGAACGGUGCCUCUCACUCAGAAGCCGUGGAAGAUCAUGAUAGAAAACUGUUAUGUCUACUAGAAAGAUCCUGACAAGGUAAAGGCAGUCAAGAACAUGCCUGCCCCAGAGGACCGCAAAGGUGUGCAAAGAGUGCUUGGCCUGGUGAACUAUCUACAGCGGUUCGCCCCCAACCUCGCGGAAGCCUCUGCACCUCUCAGAUCGCUUCUCAAGAAAGAAAAUGCAUUCAUCUAUGAGGAGGUACACAAGCGGUCAUUGGAAAACAUCAAGGAGAUCAUAACUCAAGAUCCCGUGUUGAAGUACUAUGAUGUCAAGAGAGAGGUUGUGGUACAGGUUGAUGCAUCCAGCCAUGGGCUGGGAGCCUGUCUUAUGCAAGACGGCCAGCCGGUAGCAUAUGCAUCAAGAGCGCUCAAUGAGACCGAAAAGAACUACGCUCAAAUCGAAAAGGAGCUUUUGGCUAUUGUGUAUGGACUCAACAAGUUUGAACGCUUCACCCAAGGAAAGAAAACUAAGGUGGAGUCAGAUCACAAACCUCUCGAGUCGAUCAUGAAAAAGCCGCUGGUGAGCGCACCAAAACGACUCCAAAGAAUGAUGCUCCAGCUGCAGAAGUAUGAUUUUGAAGUUGUCUACAAACGUGGCCAGGAGAUGUACAUAGCGGAUGCUCUCAGCCGAGCACAUGAGGCCGAGGCUACAGACGACAAACUCAAGGGUCAUGUAUGCCUCCUAGAAGAAAUUUCGUCAGACGAAGUGGAAAUA